AUUAUUCCAUAUUUUUGUGGACAACAUCCAAAAUGCAGGGAUCCUGGUGAGUGGGCCUUGGAACGUGCAAAACAAAACGUAAAUGAAAACUUUUUACUUGUUGGAAUCCUAGAAGAGCUGGAAGAUGUUCUACUUUUGUUGGAAAGAUUUUUACCGCACUACUUUAAAGACGUCAUGAAUAUUUAUAAAAAUCCAGAACACAGAAAACUUGGAAAUCUGACAGUCACAGUAAAAAAAAACAUUCCCUUCUCCUAAUGCCCUACAAGUACUCUACCAGCGGAUGAAAUAUGAAUAUGAAUUUUACUACUAUGUCAAAGAACAAUUUCAUUUGCUCAAACGCAAGUUUGGACUUAAAUCUCAAGUGAAGAAACUGCCUAGUCAAGAAAUGUUAGUCCCAUUUCCUAUCCCUAUGGAAACAAUGGAGUCAAUAAUAGAAGAGGAAGAUAAUCAAGAUGAUGAGAAGUGGUUGGAGGACAUUUAUAAGAGGUGA